AUGGUUGUUCUGGAGCUCAGACACGAGAAGCCCAGAAGAAAACAACCAUCACAACAGCAACAAGGUUGCUACCACGCGGUAGGGAAUCAUCCCCACCAGAGUCGUCCACACAGUCAGUCUUACCGCACACCGGUGCGAAGACCAGCGAGACACGAUGGAUCGAGUCAACCACGACGACGCUGCACAGAUGAGGCAAACACAAAUAUUGAUGUGGACUUUCAUACACUGACGCCCUCACGACUCAUGACUCCACCACCAACACCAACACCCCCAUCAUCGCAGGAGAUAAUGGGAGGUUAG